AAAAAAAAAAAAAAAAACCAGAAAACAAAGAAAAUUGAAAUAUCGAAGCAUAGAAAAGUCUCUUUUGUCGUUUUAUUAUUCCGUUCCACGUUAAUCAGAUGUAUUAUACAUACGUAAACGCUGUGCCCUCGAUGUUUAUGACUUUAUACUAUAGAUUAUAACGAUAUUUUACGAUUUAUCAAAGGAAAGUUUACGUAUUCGAAGGACAACACAAUGUUAUUGUUACUCCUCCUUGUAAUUCUUUUAUCUAAUUCUUAUGCCAUCGAGGGAUCUUCCGAAUUUUCAUGGAAAACGAAUGAUAUUCUUUCGAAAUUCAUCGUAGACGCCACUUUUCAUCUUUUUCCACCGUCAAGAAUAUCUGCACGUUUAUGCUUUUCUAAAGACGAUAUAAUCGGGUUAUCAAAGGAAAUGUCGAAAAGACAUCUGUCACAUGAUAUUCGAAAUGAAUUCGAUCGGCUCGAUCCUAAAAUUUAUGAUAAUUUAGAACACAGAAAUUUGUAUGUUAUCGAUCUCGAUUGUGACCGUGCAAAUGACAUCUUAAACGAGGCAAAUUCUAAAAGAAUGUUCGUUGCUCCGACAAAAUGGUUAUUUUUGAAAGAUUCAAGGACAAUAUUAGAUACGAAGGAUCUACAAUUUAUAAUGAAAACUUUUCGUAAUUUUACUAUUUAUCCGGACAGCGACGUUAUUAUAGCACGAAGGAUUAAAAAGAAUUUUCUAGAAUUAUUAUCAAUAUAUCGUCCCAGUCCUUAUCGAGAUGUCAUUUUAGAGGAUCGUGGAAAUUGGUCGUUUACACGUGGGAUCGUUAUGAAAAAUUAUGAUCCAGCAUCCCGUAGACGAAGAAAUCUUCAGCUUACUCCACUUAAAUCCUGUCUUGUGAUGACAGAUCCAGACACGAUCAAUCAUUUAACUGAUUAUCACAAUAAACAUAUAGAUCCAGUUACGAAGGCUGGUUAUUCAUGUGUACUUCAUUUGGUAAAUCGAAUGAAUGCGACGGUAACGUUCAAUAUAGCAGAUACAUGGGGUUAUCGUGAUGAAAAUGGAUCGUGGAAUGGUAUGACCGGCAUGUUGCAACGUCGUGAAAUUGAUUUCGGAGGAACUGGAACUUUUUUUAUAAAAGAACGAAUAGGAAUAGUUAAAUAUAUACAACUUUAUACGCAUACUGGGUCACGUUUUAUAUUUCGACAACCAUUGCUUUCGACAGUAAGCAACAUAUUUGUCUUGCCUUUUCAUCGUUCGGUUUGGAUAGCUAUUGGUGUCCUCAUUCUUCUCAUUAUUACUUUACUCUUUAUAUCUAUGAAAUGGGAAUAUAAUUGCGGAGCAUCAGCAAAGUCUGCGAUAUAUUGGAAACAGAUGAAUCCUGGCAAGCCAACUAUUGGCGAUGAUAUAUUAGUUAUUCUUGGAGCAUUUUUUCAACAAGGAUAUUCUUAUGAACCGUAUCAAAUUCCUUCACGUAUUGUCACAUUAAUGUUAUUGAUAGCUGCAUUGAGUCUAUACACUUCUUAUACAGCAAAUAUUGUUGCUUUGCUUCAAUCAACGACAAAUUCUAUUCAAACGGUUUCUGAUCUUUAUAAUAGUCCAUUAAAACUAGGUGUACAAGAUGCUGUAUAUAAUCGAUACUAUUUUAAUUCUUUUAAGGAUCCAAUAAGAAGGACUCUCAUAGAUGAAAAAAUUGAACCAAAGGGUAAAAAAUCUUCUUGGAUGUCUAUUGAACAAGGUGUUCAAAAAAUGAGAGAUGAGCUCUUUGCUUUUCAUGGUGAAGUUGGUACUGUUUAUAAAAUAAUACAAGAAACUUUUCAAGAGGAUGAAAAAUGUGGCUUAACUGCUAUCAAUUUUUUAAAUGUACUUUAUCCACUCUUUAUCAUUCAAACACAAUCUCCAUAUUUGGAAAUUUUAAAAAAUAGUGCUUUAAUAAUACAAGAAACUGGUUUAAAAUAUCGAGAAGAGAGACGUUUAUAUACAAGAAAGCCCAAAUGUGAUGGUCACAUGAGUUUCAUAAGCAUAGGAUUUACUGAAAGCCACUUUGCAUUGGUGAUAAUGGGAUAUGGCAUAAUUAUUACUUUUUUUGUACUAGCCAUGGAACUUCUGUGGCAUAGAAUGCAAAAAUCAAAAAUGAAAGAUAUUAGAGAAGAUAUGGAGGCAAUUGACAAUGGUAGUCAAAUUCUUACACCUUAGUUGAGAAAUUAUUGCCUAUAUUUUCCUUUGAAUUCAUUAUUAUUUGGUAAUUAAUGCUUUAACUCUAUAGCAAUAUAAAUAAUUAUAUUAUAAAAAAGAAAUAUAAAAUAAUAUAAAUACAAAAUUAACAUAUAUACAUUUUUAUAUAUUACAUUCGUGCGGGUAAAAAGUGUUGAUAAUAAUUUUUUGUAAAAUCUAACAUAAGAUCAAGAGUACAUUCGGGUAAGUCCUCUAUACAUACAGCAGGACUUCCAGAAAAUCUAGUAAAAGAUGGAACUAUUGUUUCUGGUGGUACUACUGCACCAUCCUCAAUGUAACAACAAUCCUUUAAUAUCGACCGUCUCCCCUAUUUAAUAUAAAUAAUUGGUAUAAAAGAUAUUAAUUAAUAAUUACUUUUUACCAAUUAUCAAGCAGAUACGUACUAUUACUGCAUUUUUUCCAAUGUAUACAUAUGAACCGACUAGUGCAGCAUUGACAACAGCCCUUUCUCCCACAAAUACAUGAUCACCCAUAGUUAAUGGAAAGAAGGCAACCCUAUCCAAAAAGGAUAAUCCUUUAAGUAUACAGUAAUCUCUAUUAAAUACUGACGAAAGAGGUGCAAGAAUGUACAAACCCCCUACUAAAUUUUUUAAAAGGUGGUCGUAUUACAGCAUUCUUGCUAAUAAUACAGUAUCGACCAACCUUUACAUUUGCUAAAUCCCCUCUGAUUAUAGCAUCUGAUUGUACUAUUACCUUUCCAUGCAGUACUAUAUUUUGCGAUCCACAAAGAACAGUCUGUCUACUCACUUUAUUUCCUGAAGCCUGUAAUAUAAAUAUAAGAGGUUAUGUUCUUGUAUAAUAAUUUUAUUUGACAAUUUAUUACCGUUUCGACGUAUUCAGCUAUAUUGUAAUAAAUAUCUUGGGGCUCCAUGACGACGUAGGCAAUAUUUAUGAUCGAUCACUUUAUAUAUAUACAAGAAACUAAUUUAUUAUUCUAUAUAAAUCACUUGUUAACAUUAAUUAUUAGUUGCUUCGUCUGCGUAAUACUGGGAUUUAAAAGGUUAGUUUGGACCUUUCAAAUGUCGCUAUCAGAUGGCGCUCGUGGCGUGAAAAAUCGAUCGAAAACAUUGGCCAAUAAGGAGAGACAAUAUUUACAGAGAUCUGUAAAAUUUUUAUUUAUAAUUUAAAUCAAUGAAAUAAAUUCGAUUGUAUAUAAAAUUUGUCGUGUAUUCGAGAUAACAAUUAAAAGUGAAGUCUCGUAAUCAAAUAAAUCGUAAGUAACAA